AUGUUCGCCUUUCUCGUGCCGCCGCGCGGACAGUCGCCAGCUCAACAUCGCACGUCGGCACAAGUAGCCAAGCCUAUGGCCACGCCGCGCCAAGAGGCGCCGUUAUCUGCGACGAACAUGGCAGCAGCGAUCGGCAACUACGGAAUGCCGACCGCGUGUCAGCGAAAGCUAAACAUUCGCUUUUUUGAUGAGAAGAAUCUUUACAAAAGAUACAAGAGCGUUCUUUUUUAA